GAAGAAGCAGAACAAGACCCAGGAGCAGAAAAACAACUACUCUUCAAUUCAAGUACUACGCGGAGCACGCGCAUUCUCCAUGUUGGAAAUUGCCGUACACUCUCCAUCAUUCUUGCCACCCUCUUCUUCGCCAUAGGCACAAUUCUCGGUGCUUUCCUAGAGCAGUAUACCAAGCCCUCUUACAACAACGGCAUGGGUUCCUCUGCGACCGGUUACACAACAGAAAACUUACUCCCACCCCAAGCCCUCACCCUCAGCAUGCGGACCUUCGUCUCCGGAAACCCAAUCUUCCUCCCCAACGGAACAGAAAUCAUCACAGUCGACCCACGGGCACCAAAAUACGUCCCCAGUAGUAGUAGUGACUCACCAUCACCACUCAUGGACGAGAACUGGGAAUAUUUGUUGAAAGGUCGCUAUUUCCCCAUCUCCACGACCGAAGGACAAAAUCUCUGGAGAGGCAAAGACGAAUACAAAGCCUACUUCCGGAAUAAAUAUCAUGGAGAUUGGGAUAUGAUAGCAGGAGGUUUCGACACAUUCCAUUCCCUGCACUGCCUCAACGAGCUCCGAAAACGUUUCUAUCCAGAAUUCUAUCCCCCAGAUGGCUUCCACGGUCCAGUUCACGAUUAUCACUGUAUCAACCAUCUUCGGCAAGUGUUACAAUGCUCCAGUGUCGCGACAAUCAUUCCGUCUUUGUGGCGUCCGACGGUUAAGAUACAAUAUUCGGAUGCGGCACAACCUCAUGUGUGUCGGGAUUUUCAAGCCAUGCAUAAUUUUACUCGUCAGAGGUAUGAGAGGUUAGGUGAUGGGGCUCUGAAGGAUUGGAAAGAGAUUUUUUUGAGAAAGGAGAAGUAGAUUUGCUUGGCCAUGUAUGUCAUCGACGGCCUGUGAGAUGAACAAGGAUCGUUGAUGAAGAGAUGAUUGAUGCAUACCGUCGUCGAGGUGCAUGCUGGUGACUGGUGCUGGGCAUUGGCUUGGCGAUGUGAUGAUGGAGCCUCGAAUUCUCUGCUCUUGAUAUGACGCUCCAUCUGUAUCUGUAGACGUACUGUGCAUUGUCGGUGAAGGCUAGGAGGUAGCAACACAGAAUUUGGUUCUCCUCG